AUGAAUUUCGCUAGACAAACCAGAUUAUUUUCCUCAUCCGCAAGAAACUGGGGUACCAAGGUUUUCAUAACACCUUCAAUUGGAGGUGUUAAGCAAUCUCCAAUCAAGUUUGAAUUAUAUGAUGAAGUUGUUCCAAAGACUGCUGAAAACUUCAGAGCUUUAUGUACCGGAGAAAAAGGAUUUGGAUAUGCUAACUCUAUCUUCCAUAGAGUGAUUCCAAACUUUAUGUUGCAAGGUGGUGAUUUUGAAACUGGUAAAGGUUACGGGGGAAGAUCAAUUUACGGGCAAAAAUUCCCAGACGAAAACUUCCAAAAGAAACACGAAAAGCCAGGUUUAUUGAGUAUGGCUAAUGCUGGACCAAAUACUAAUGGUUCUCAAUUCUUCAUCACAACUGUUCCAUGUCCAUGGUUAGAUGGUGCUCACGUUGUUUUUGGUGAAGUCAUUGAAGGUAUGGAGACAGUCAAGAAAAUUGAAGCUCAAGGUUCUGGUAGUGGUGCUCCACAAUCUUCUAUUGUCAUCGAGGAAUGUGGUGAACUUAAGGACAAUUAA